AGGGGCCUUCCUGGAGCCAGCAGCCCCCACCGGCAUGGAGCGGCUGGGCAUCACAUUGCUGCUGGUGACUGCAGUGACCAGCCAGAAUAACCGGAUCAUCGGUGGUGCCCCCUGCACGCCUCACUCCGUGCCCUGGCAGGCCGCCCUCUUUGUGGGCCCCCAGCUCAACUGUGGAGGGACCCUGAUUGCCAGGAACUGGGUGAUCACCGCAGCCCACUGCCACGUCAGCUGCCCCAUCAGUGUGCGCCUGGGAGAGCACAACAUCAAGCAUCUGGACUGGACAGAGCAGCUGAGACUCUCAGACAAAAUGAUCCUCCACCCCGGCUAUAACCCCGCCAGCAAGGACAAUGACAUCAUGCUCAUCAAAUUGCUCACCCCGGCUAACUUCAACAAAAAUGUCCAACCCCUGGAGCUACCUACCAGUUGCCCCUCCUCCGGGGAGGAAUGUGUGAUAUCCGGAUGGGGAACAACAAAAAGCCCUCAAUUGUACUUCCCACCGGUUCUCCACUGUGGCAACGUCUCCAUUUUCUCCAAGGAACUGUGCCGCAGUAUCUACCCUCGCUACUACACCGAGAACAUGCUGUGUGCUGGGGUGCUGGAAGGGGGAAUAGACUCGUGCCAGGGAGAUUCCGGGGGACCCCUACUCUGCAAUGGGAAACUCCAAGGCAUUGUGUCUUGGGGGACCCAGACAUGCGCACUGCCCAACAAACCAGGUGUCUACGUCAGCGUCUGUAAAUACAUCGACUGGAUCCGGGAGAUCAUGAACAACAACUGAUCCUCGGUACCUUAGGACACUGCGGUAUCCCUCCCUCUCUGACCUGUGCUGCCGCAUAGGGUCCGUACAGUGCCGUUGCAGGUGCAUUAGCCAGAUUGUCCCUCCUGGCUCUGUGCACAGAUGUUAAAUAAUAAAAGCCCUCUGCU